AACGCCGCAUUCUUGGCCACCAGCCUACUUGCUCAACAUCCGCAGUCAUGGACAGUUUUGCCCGUUUGAUGGGCCAUGGCGGAUCUGAAGACUAUGACGAUGAUCUGCAGCUGGCGCUGGCACUCUCGGCCUCUCUGGCAGACGUCGAGGGCGCUUUCAACCAGCAACCGCGUGCGUGCACGACGGCUGGGCCGGUAGAGACCGACCUUCACUUUGAUGCUGACGAAUACCCCGCCGAGACCGAGGCUGUGUUUGACUACGCUGACGAGCUUGCGCUGCAGUACUACGAGACCAAGGCCGAGCGGUACUUUGCACACUGCGGGCGGCGGAGCUCAUGGCGGCGCAAGUACGAACGUGUCGACCGCGUCGACGCCGUCACCCUUGUGGUCGCGCUCGAGAUGCUCAACGACCCACGCAACGCCACUGAUGGCGAGGGUGAGGCCGAGACUGAGACCGAGGACAAAGUCGAGGCGCCGGGUGGGAAUGAUAGCUCGUGCGGCGUCUUCUCGCCGUUCCUGGAUGCAUCCGAGUUCCAGACCACGUUCACCGACGUGGCACGCGCGCAUUUCCGGCAGCAGCCGCACGAGGUGGAGAAGAUCGAGCCUGCUCCGAUCAACCGCGCGCUGCUCGAGCGCUUCAUUGCCUCAUCGCGGCGGAUGAAGGUUCUACCGUCGGUGGUCAGCCACGGGACAAGCCUGCGCAAGUUCAACUCGAUCUUUGACCGCGGCCUCAUCAUUCCCGGCCGUGCCGGAGUCAACGUCGCCAACGGCUCGGUGUACGGCCGCGGCAUCUACACCUCGACCGAACUCAGCACACCACUUGCAUAUUCGCGGUGUGCGACAGCUAAGACUUCGACUCGCGUCAUUGUCUGUGGCCUCCUUGAUCCGGUCGUCAAGCCGACGGAGGUCUGCGCACGCGUGCCUGGCCUCGUCGGAAGCGUCCAGCCGCCGCGCACUCAUGCUCCACCGCUGACAGACUCUGCUUCUGCAUCGCUGCUUGAGGGUGCCAAGCUGCGGAAGGAGUUGCGGCGGAUGGCGGCGCACGAGGCGCGCCACAUCAGCCCCCACGCCCGCCGUCGCGAUGCGAACUCGCAUUCUUCGGUCAAUCUCGCACCCGCGCGGAGCGCAGCCAACGCGCGCUCGCGUAUCCGGCGGGUCAACGGGAGCUGGCGGGUCAUUUUCGACGAGCGGCUUGUCCUUCCGCUCGCCAUCGCCCACAUCAAGCGCCCAGCGCCGUACCGCUACACGCCUGUGCCGUCGGGGCGCACCGGGCGCGGACGUCGGGCCGUCGUCGACAUCCGACACCGUCUCGACUCGGCGGUCAAGGCCAUCAUCGACCCGCAGUCACCCAACCGCAAGCCCGUCAAGCUCGACCAGCCGGAGCUCGACAGUGGAGUGGCCAUCAUCCGCUCCCGCCGCCGCCGGCAAGCAGACCGCCAGCUCGUCCGGCUCCGGGCCGACGCUGCCGCGGCCCCGCUCAUGGGCGCAGCCGCGUAA